AUGAAGGCAUUGAGGCAGGGCUACAGUCUCACUCUACUCCUCGGUGGCACGAAAGAGCAGUUGAUACCAUACUCGCCUACUCAUGAUACCAUCGUAUGCAAGUCGAGGAAAGGGUUUAUUUAUCUGGCUAGGGAUGCUGGGAAAAUACCGAUCGUGCCAUGCUAUUGUUUCGGAGAGCAGAUAGCUUAUGGUAAGCAGUACCAGACAAGUGCCUUCAUACUCCCCUUCCGUCGGUGGGUGCAACAUAACCUCGGCGUGGGCAUGCCGCUCCCCAAGUCACUGCGCCCGAAGCCUUUGAAGGAUUUCGUAGUCGUUAUUGGCGCCCCUAUCAUAUGGCAAGAAAAUGACACCGUGAAUACCAUGCAUGCCAAAUACGUUUCGGCGACUCGUGAUCUCUUUUACAAGAAUGGUGACCGAUACGAAGAGUAUGCUGAGGGAGAAAUUGUUAUUCAGUGA